GAUAUGAACCAGCCGAAGACACGAGGAAGAGACCCGGAAGUGUUGGAGGCAAAACAAAUGUCAGUGAGUUGAAAUAGUUUUUAUUCAGUUUCAUGACAGUUUAGUUUCCAGUUCCACAUCGAAUCCCAUCGAGUCCCAUCGAGUCCCAGUUCACUGAACAUGGAGGCAGCUGCUGGGCUCCUGACCGCGGCCCCCCCCCUCGGUCACAUCAUCACCAGCGACAGGUGGAGAAGCUCCGCUCUGCUCCGGAGCCUGAAGGGUGGAGGAGUGAAGAUCCUGUUUGAGACGGAGCUCGGCGUCGCAGACUUCCACCUCCCCAACAGAAGCUGCAUCCUCUACGUGUCCGAGUGCGACGUCGUAGCCGGAAACAGCUACAAGAGGAAACUGGUUCGAUACAGAAACGCCAGCAGCCGUUUGCAGGAGCUGGUGUUGGUGGAGAACACCCGACUGAGCGAGCAGUACUUCUCCGCUGUGCAGAGGUUUGUGGUGUUUGACCUCGGCCUGACCCUGCUGCCGGUCAGCGGGCAGGCGGAGGCCUCGCAGCUCAUCACUCAGAUCGUGCUCGGGGGCGGCAGAGACAACCCCUUCAGGAGGUCCAGGUCGUCCCGGCCGUUGGACCCGGCGGUCCUGGCCGUGGUCCAGCGGGUCCCCGGGGUGGGUCGGGUCAAAGCUCUGGCGCUGCUGCAGCACUUCUCCAGCAUCCAGCAGCUCUGCAACGCCGGCCCUGCCGAGCUGGAGCCCGUCGUGGGUCAGGCAGCCGCUCAGCUGGUCCACAGCUUCUUCCACAGACCCACUGCUGCUGGAACGUGAGGCUGCGGGUCUCAGGCCGACCAGGAGGGUUAAGUUUCCUUCUGGGUUCACGAUAGAGACUUUCCUCCUUUUCUGUGCAAACUAAAAACACGUUUAUUCACAGGUCAGAGUGGAAUGGAAAGAUAAACACGUGAUUUAAGUGUUUAUAUCUGUAAACAUCAAUGCAGAUUCUGAUAUGAAAGACUCGUCGGGUUUUGAUCAGCCGACCAAUUUUCACUUGUUUGCUUUCACACUUUUGGAUCCACACUAAAUAAAAAUUGGUUAUUUUUGCAUCA